AAACGGAAGUGACCGUAGCUGUUUCCGGGUUAGGUCGUGUAGACGCUGAAUGUCGUCUUUUCUCCUUUUUUUCGUUUUGGAGUUUAAACUUUAAAGUGUUCAAUCUCAGUCGAAUCUGAUCCACGAUGUCGGAUGAAGACGAAGCUCCGGUGGCGAAGAAGAGCCGUGUUUUCUACGGAAGCCUGGAGGACAAAGAGCGCGAGCGUCUGAGCGGCGAUGGCGCCCUGUCCACGGGAAGCGACGCUGUCAAGGCCGGGAUUGAGGCGGGAAACAUCAACAUCUCGUCGGGAGAGACCAUGGAGAUGGAGGAGCGCGUCAGUGAGCGGCAGCAGGAAGCGCUCGCCGAGUUCGAACGGCGCCGCCGAGCGCGACAGAUCACCGUUUCCACGGACGACGCUGAGGUGAAGGCGGGGCUUCGGGCGCUGGGAGAGCCAAUCACACUGUUUGGAGAAGGACCAGCGGACCGCAGAGAAAGGUUGCGAAGUAUUCUGUCCGUGGUCGGACCAGACGCUCUGAAGAAGUCGAGGAAAGACGAGGAGAGAGCGAAGAGGUCGCAGGAGGAGUGCCAGCAGACAUGGUACCACGAAGGCUCCGCCUACCUGAAGGACUCUCGGCUCUGGUUGGCCAAAUAUUCUCUACCCCGAGCUAUGAGGCGUUUGGAGGCGGCACGUUCUCAGCGGGACGUUGCCGAGGCGACACGAGCGAUGCGUCAACAGGAACUGCACAAGAGCCUGAGGAAUCUGAAUAACUUCUGCAGUCAGAUUGGAGAUGAUCGGCCAAUCAGCUUCUGCCAUUUCAGCCCUGACUCAAAAAUGCUCGCCACUGCUUCCUGGAGCGGGCUGUGUAAGCUGUGGUCUGUCCCAGACUGCAACCUGAUUCGUUGUCUUAGAGGUCACAACACCAAUGUGGGCGCGGUCGUGUUUCGCCCUCAGGCCGGAGUCUCUCUCGACCAAUCGGACGUCAGCUUGGCGUCGUGUGCGGCCGACGGGUCAGUGAAGCUGUGGAACCUGGACAGCGAUGAGCCGGUGGCCGACAUUGAAGGUCACAGCGAGCGAGUGUCACGAGUGGCCUGGCAUCCGUCUGGACGGUUCCUGGGAACCACCUGUUACGAUAACUCGUGGCGUCUGUGGGAUCUGGAGGUUCAGGAGGAGAUUCUGCAUCAGGAGGGUCACAGUAAAGGCGUCCACGACCUGCACUUCCACCCAGACGGCUCUCUGGCCGCCACCGGAGGGCUGGAUGCAUUUGGCCGAGUGUGGGAUCUUCGAACUGGACGCUGUGUGGUCUUCCUGGAAGGACACCUGAAGGAGAUCUACAGUGUCCACUUUUCUCCAAAUGGGUACCACUUGGCCACAGGAAGUGGUGAUAACACUUGUAAGGUUUGGGAGCUGAGAAACAGGAAGUGUCUGUACACAGUCCCCGCCCACCAGAACCUGCUGUCAGCCGUCCGCUUCCAACCCACGGACGGCCACUUCCUGUUGACCGGCGCCUACGAUAACACGGCGAAGGUGUGGAGUCAUCCUGGGUGGAUGCCACUGAAGACGCUCGCCGGACACGAGGGGAAGGUGAUGGGCGUCGACGUGUCACCUGACGGGAAACUGAUCGCCACCAGCUCGUACGACCGGACGUUCAAACUGUGGCUGUCGGAGUGAUGUCAUCAGUGAUGUCAUCAGUGAUGUCAUCAGGACAUAGAAAAAUAAUCCGAUGUUUUGUUGUUUGUUGUAAUAAAAUAAACCUUCAGGGCUUUU